AUGAAUGAAAUUGAAGGUUCUGGCUUGCGGAGGUCACUGAAUUCGUUUACUUCCAAUUUGGAUGGAUCUGAAAUGUGGGCGCCCUGGCAGUAUCCCAGCCCACGCACAACCAUGAAUUGCACAUACACAAAUAAACUCGUGUCACAUCGGCCGUCGCGUGGUGCCAUCAUCCGGGUCACCUUACUUGCUGCAUACAGCAAGGCGGGUAAGCGAAAACAUGCUACUGCUGACGCCUCACUUCUUUCUCUUUCACAUACUUUUUCAUCCCCCUUUCUCCACCCCAUUAACAACCCUCCUCUUCUGGACGAUUAUUGCAUACAUCAUUCAGCUGUAAUACCCUUUCGGUGCCUAACCGCCACGCGGCCCGAUGAAAGCACGAAGGCUGAAAUACUGCCAGGUUUCCAACGUUCGGACAGGAGCAGACGGCAUUCCGAGGUUGCUUUAGACAACGGACCUUUCGGUCAAAAAGUUCUCACCUUAAACACAGAGACAUAUCAAGCAGCGUAUAACACGAGUAAUUAUGUGAGGUUGCUGAAAAUUCGUCGACAAUUCACGACCGGUUUCGCACUUCUUGAGGCUCAUCAGAUAGACGCAGUCCCUGAGUUUCCGUCAACUUUGUUCUACUUGAAACCAAAUUGCAUGAAAUUAGCGAAAUACCCUCAUUUGCAAACUAAUUUUGUUUAUACCACUUAG